CUACGAUUGUUGGGCACUCAAGGGGGACACAGGGGCACUCCAGCGGGGCCACCCCUGCGGAGGGAGCUUCGGCUCGUGCACGCGGAGCUGUGCACCGCCAGGCCAGUAAUGGUUUGGUUCAAUCUUCGUCUGAUUAGCAGAUUCACUAGAAGCGCCUUUCAUGAUGAAUGGCCUCUUGACCCCCCGCUCGAAAACUGAUGUCACGAGCUGCGUCUGACCCUUGACCUAACUCCUCGCGGUGAAGUAGUACAAGGCCCUUAGCAUUUUGCAAUGUGAGAAUGAAAGCUUCAGGGGACGUGUCUACUGGGCGCGGCUGGGCGCGAGAAGCGCACUGGACGUGUAGCUCGUCCGAAGCCCGACCGCAUCCCCGACGCCUCGAUCAGGCACUCCAGCACAGCACGUUAAAUUGUGGUGAAUGGAUACACGAUGCAGAGGUAGGGCGAAUGAUUAGACCCUGAAAUAACAAUUUGGCCCACUAACCGUCGGCAUGGAGCCUAGCGCCCGCCAAGUAGCCGGGGGAACGCGGCCCUUUUGUCCCUAGCGAGAGCACAUACCUCUAAACGUAGUGAUACAGUAGAUAGAUUGUGUAAUCAAGUAAUUUAAACACAGAGUUCUUAAGAAGGGCACGUUCGCGUGCAGAAGUUUCGGUUCGAGUGGGCAUCGGCUACCUCACGACUUGCUACAGCUGAAAACAUCGCAUACAUCUGAAUGCUCUGUUAGCUUCACAGUCACUUGGCGUUGGAGCCCGUGAACUCGGGUUGGCCGGCGAGCAUCAGGCGAAGCGAGAUCGACUGCUGAUAUGGCCGAUACGCUUGCGGCUAACUCUGACGAGGACACAGCGGCCGUCGCCGGUGCGGCUGUCGCCGGCCGGGCUGGUAGCGCAGCCGUUUGCACGGAGCAUGUACAGGAUGCGCUAAUCACUCUGCAGACUGCGAACGCACAUCUGUGGAGCCGUGUGUCCUGUGCAGAGGGAAUGCUCGCCACACGCGAGCUGGAGCUGCGCCGAGCGCUGGAGCUGCAGUGCCGGUUGCAGGGGCCGCAACCCAACGCCACAGGCCCGGUCCUCCAGCCCCGUCAGCCACUGCCGCUGCCACCAGCUGCCUCACCACAGUUGCUCCACGACUUGGGCACACCGCCAACACAGUCCAGUGGCCGGUUGCGCAGUGGUCAACUGACAUGGAGGUACUGGGCUGGAGGCAGCUACGUGCGCGGCCGCUCUUAUCGGGCGUUUGAGACGCCGCAGGGCAGUCCACCAGACCCAGUUGCUCAUGCUGGCGCCAGUGCCGGCGCCAGCAACGCGAUUGGCGAUUCAGCGGCCUGCCCCUCCUCCUACGCGCCUCCCUUCUACCAGCGCUGCCAACAUGAGCACCAGGCGCCCAGUGCCGCCGGCGGAGAGGGCCGCCAGUCCACCACCACCUCCACCAACAGCAGCGGCAUCAUGUACGCAUGGGCUGGGCUGCCUGCCGCGGGCCGGUACUCGUGUCCGGGCAUCGCAGCCGCCCCGGGCCAGCCCCAGCAUCUGCACCUGUUGGGCGAGGUGGAAGUGGCCACACCCAGCUUCAGUGGUGUCACUGCCAGCAGCGCUGACGGCGGCAGCGGCGGCCGAGACCCGGGCUCCGCAGGCGGUGCCGGCGGCGGCGGCGGCCAGCAGCGGCGUUCCCGCUCCCUACUUCAACUGGUGCCGCUGAGCCAGUCGCUGACCGAGGACGACCAGUCCCUCCGCCGCCUGCAGCAGCAGCUCUACACAGUGGCCUCGCCCUUCGCCUCGGCCGCGGCUGCAGCGGUGGUGGAUGAGCUGCUGGAGGGCGAGGCCGGAGCCGGUGGCGGCGCGCAGCGGCAGCCAUCACCCGCGCUGCCCAGCAGUGCGGAAGGGGCUCUGUCCAGCGGCGCAGUGGUUGCUGAGCCGCCCAUCGUCGCAGCCUACAGCUGCGCCGCCUCGCUGUCGCUGUCCCUGGCGCUCAUGGACGAGGGGGACUGCGAGCCGGGCUCGGGCUACGGCUGGCUGUACAGCUCAGACGAUGAUGAGGAGUACCCCUCCAGGCCCACCACGGCCCGCUCCCAGUGGUUUGCCUCGCCUGCUUGCAUUGUCGGCACACACGCAGCCAAGCCCCGCUCCACGCCGCCCCGUGCCACCAGCAGCACUGCCAGUGGCGCCAGCGGUAGCGACCUGGCCCCGCAGCAGCUGCAGUCGCCGGCGCCAGUGCUGGUACAAAGCCCUCACACAACAGCUGCUGGCGCUAAGGCGGCCGCGCAGCAACCCGAUGAGCAGCUGACCCAGCCGCAACCCCAUGCCCAGCACCGCCGCCGCCACCGCAUGUCCGCACCCGGCCGCUCCUCCUGGUGCGGCUGGCGGUCGCGACCCCUGCCGCAGGCGGUGCCAGAGGACCCAACAGCGCCGCCGUCACAGGGCACUGAUGACCUCAAACGCAGCUACCGGCAGCAGGCGGCGGCGGCACUGAGCCUCCAGCCGCCUCUGUCGGGAAUGGCAGCUGCCAAUGCCACGGGUGUGGGUGGCAACCGUUAUCAGCGCUCUUCAGCAGGUGGCAGCAUGGCAAUGACAUCGGUGGUGCGAAACCUGUCUGCGCCUACCCUGAACGUCGAUGACCAGGCCGCCGCGCCAACGAGCUUGAAGAAGGAGCCACACGCCACCGCCACUGAUGCCCGCUCUGAGCUGCUCGCAUUGCUGAACCUGUGGGGCUAGCCUGAUUGGCUUGUAGGCGGUCCUUUGGGCAUUCUAGGCCCUGUGCACUUGAUUUAUCUAGUACAGCUGUUGCGGGCACGCCGAUCCGGGCGGUCGGACAGGAGCGAUAUGAGAGUAGUUGUAGGGCAGGUUGAUACAUCAACGUACGGUACAUAAGCUUGCGCACAAUCACAUAUGACACUUACAGUACAUACGGCUUUGAUGCCUGGAUUUGAAUGCAAGUCAAGGCAGUGCGUCAAGCAAAUGCCCCGGGGCGUGUCCGGCAGCCGGCUACCAUGCCACAUAAUGCCGGUUUCUGCGGCGUGGGUGUGGGAGGCGCAAUUAAAAUAGUUUUACAGUAGCAAUCCAAGUGUUUUCAUUGUGCAGAUGGGAGGACUGGGGUAAGACUUGCGUGUCGUCGAUGCAUGUCACUGCGAGAGCACACACUGAUGCAUCCCCCUAGUGGCGUGGGUUUCAGGGCGCAAGCAAGCACCGGCACGCAUCACACAUCACACACACCUACCAUGCAGGUAUCAAGCGGCCGCCAUUGUGGUCUUAGUUAGCCCUUUCUGUUGUAUGCUUUCCAUUCCCGGCAUCCUUCCUCGUCAUACUCCACGCUCAGACUCAUACUUGCUAGUCUGUCCUCCUUCUUUUCCAAGUAUUGAAGAUACGGUACUGAGUGAUUUGGGUGUCCCCUCAACAGGGCGGUGUAGCCGCUGCAAGGGUAGGUGUGGGUGUGUGCACAGUGCACCUCAUGAGGGGGUUCCGACAUCGUGCAAGCCCCCAAUGCAUGGCUGGCCAUGUGCGAGCACGGCAGCAAGGCGGGGCAGCGUGGGUGUGCGGGUGGCCGGUAGAUAUGGAUGCAAAUUACAGAGGUAUGCUUCUUGAGUGGGUUUGAGGGAUGCGGGCUGACUCCAGGUCCUGGCAUCAGGUAGACACGACUGCGUAUCAUGUACGCAAACACGGGCAUCACCGAUGUGGCGUGGGUUUGGGUUCGCAGUCACCGGGCAGCCGGCAUGUGGCAUGAAUGGCCCUGUUGUGCUUGGGAUUAUCGUAGUUGUUGUUGAGUGCCCAAUGCUCAGAGCGCCCGACGAUGUGGGAUUCAGUGCGGCUGCCGGGCGCUUGGCCUGAUCGACUUAUCACGGUUGCAGGCAACAUGGUCGUGAGGAAUGCAGAUUGCACGACUGCGGUCUUCGAUGGCGUUAUGAAGCUAUCUCAUGGUACAGUAAUCUCAAUAGCGGGUAUUCGAAGAUACCGUCUUUGCUGUAACGCAAACGUUCACAGCUGGCUCCAAACUGCCAAGCCACGUGUGAUGCAGCCGCAGCAGCGGCACAGCGCCUGGCAGCAGCGGUCUUGGGCCCAGCAGUUGCGGCGUGCAUGUGCGCAGCAGAAGGGGCGAGCACGCGGCGCCGGCGUGCAGGUUGAGGCCGGCUGGUGUCUGGUUAGGGUCUUUGCUGGCGAGCACAGCACCGCGCAGUAUGUGGUAGGCUGCAGCAGUGGGGAGUGUUGUGGUUGGAUUUGUUGCUGUUUGGUUGAUUGCUGGCUGUGCUUGUGCUUGACAGGCUGACAGCGGGACGUGGCUUGACGCAUGGCGGGCCGUGCCUGUACGAACCGCCCCCGGCUAAGUCCAGGAGAUGAGGUAGACGCCUGCGGCCUUAGACUAGAGACAUGACGUGGGCGCAGCCCACUUUUCCCAUGCGAGGUAAUCUUGUCCUUCCGUGCUAUUCUUCCA